CUGCAGAGAGCACUACCAGCACAAACACCGCAAGCACCUACGCUGCUUCAACAGCAACUGAGCGUUCGCCCUCCUCGGGUAUCGUCGCAGUCGAGCUCAGCCAUCGUAGGGAGUCAACCUAAUGUAGUGAUUCAGCAACAGCCAAUCCCGCAGAUAUCGUCUUCGCAGCAGAAUGGACAACAGUCAAAGCCGAGAAUGUCGAAUCAGGAAGCCCUGCCUCGCCAACUUCAGUCCGCGCCGAGCCAACAGCAACAUGUGGUGAUGGGCCUUCUUCAGGGUGCUCAGCUGCAGCAACAUCAAACUGAUGGAGGCGCUUCAUAUGCUAGUGCGAAUGUUUCAAAUCCUCAUGUCCGUCAGGUUGGAACGUUUUAUUUUUCUAGUGAAGUCGUAAGUAUUAAAGAAAAGAGUCGAAGCCUGAAUGUGAAUUUUGCUCUUGACACAUACUUUAACGAUUGGAAAUUUUUCAACGGAUGCAUAACCGGCAUAUUCCUUUAA